UAUUUUGGGGGUGGGGGUGGGCUGUUGAAGCAAGCGGCAGUAAAGCUUCACCUUGCCUCAGGGGUUUCCGCCAGGGAAGUUCGUCAAAACGCCUUUCGCGCCGUUUUGGCGGGUUUUGAAGACGCGGCUUUCGCAGCGCUUACCAAAGAUCAAGAUGAGCCUACGGAAGCAAACCCCUAGUGACUUCCUAAAACAAAUCAUUGGAAGGCCAGUUGUCGUAAAAUUAAAUUCCGGAGUUGAUUAUCGAGGUGUCCUGGCUUGCCUGGAUGGGUAUAUGAAUAUAGCUCUGGAACAGACAGAAGAAUAUGUAAAUGGACAAUUAAAGAAUAAGUAUGGGGAUGCAUUUAUCCGAGGAAAUAACGUAUUGUACAUAAGCACACAGAAGAGGAGGAUGUGAAGAUGCCUGGAGGAGGCAGUUUUGUACUUGUGAACCUCUUUGAAGCGAUGAGCCCCAUUCGAUUUGUAUUUAGUAAUCUACAGGUGAAAUACACAAGUGUUUAAAUAUUUUUUUUUAAAUAAAUGUAAAACAGUGUAAACUUA